GCAGUUCCUAGAGAUAAAACCCUGCCCCAACUCACCUGGCCCAGCCCCGGGGCACUUUUUCCCUGGGAGGAGGCCCCACCAUUUCUUGGCCCUGCCCGUCCCACGUCUAUUUCUCUCUGCUGCCCUCCCCAGGCCAGUAAAUUGUUCAACUACACACACUGGCGGCGCCUGUGCGACACUCUCUUCAUCAUCUUCGCACUGGUUUUUUUCUACACUCGCCUGGUGCUCUUCCCCACCCAGAUCCUCUAUACCACGUACUACGAGUCCAUUGCCAACCUGGGCCCCUUCUUCGGCUACUACUUCUUGAACAUACUUCUGGUGGUUCUACAGCUGCUACACGUGUUCUGGUCUUGCCUCAUCCUCCGCAUGAUCUACAGCUUCAUAAAGAAAGGCCAGAUGGAGAAGGAUGUUCGCAGUGACGUGGAGGAGUUAGACUCCAGCGAUGGGGAGGCGGCCGAGGAGUGUCCUCAGAUGAAGAAUGGGGCGGCGCAGCAGUCCGGAGCAGCCCCCACUGACGGCCCUCGGAGCCGGGCAUCCAGUCGCAUGGCCAACGGGCACACACCAGACACGUAGCCGGCCAGAGGACUGGCCGCGAGGGGGCCCCCAGCGCCGGGCAGCUCCGAUCUGUGGGGCAGCUGGACUGGGGAAUCUCGGGCAGGCUUUGUGGAGACGGGGAGGGCCCCAGGUGGGUGGGGCUGAUGAUCAGUCUCCAGCCCCUUCCUUCAACCCACCCUCCCGCCUUCUCUGAGCAACCGACGAAGCUGCGGGAAGGGAGGAGGGGCGGCGGGCAGCUACACGGACGCUGCGGCCCGCCAGCGCCACCUGCAGGCUGCAGCCUGGCAACUGUGAAGAGCCCCGGGCGGAAAGGGGUCCAAUAAACCUUGACCCGAACCAG